AUGACCGGAACCAUGGGCGCAUCUUCCGGUGCUUUCGGUGCUAGUGUUGUCUAUCCACUGAACGUCCUUCGCACUCGACUACAGACACAAGGCACCAGCAUGCACCCGGCGAAGUACACAGGCAUCUGGGACGUGCCACAGAAGACGGUGAUGCGGUGA